UGAUGCGCGUAACGAACUCGGACACUUGGCAGUUAUGCUAACGUGUCCAUCUUCUUCCACUCCAUCGCUAUGCGCCCUGCCCUUCUUCUUCUUCUUCUUCUUCAUCAAGUUCUGAUUCCUCUUCUUCCCUUCCUACACUUCCCAAACAGUGGCAGACUGAACCCCAUAACCGUCGACUCACUCUUUCUCCUCCUCCUUCUCCGAUGCCCAGGUGGACCCUACUCGUCGCCAUUGUCUAAAUGAUCACCCUGCUCGGAUCAAAUGAUGCAGAGACGACACUCUUCCCAUCAGGAGCGUGAGAGGAUUUGAAUUGCUAUGGGGCUCUUGGAUAUCUUUGUCGCGGCGCUCAUGCCUGUCUUGAAAGUCCUCUUGCUUACUGCUCUGGGCUGCGGGCUUGCGAUCGAUCGGGUGGACAUAUUGGGAGAAGACGCUAGAAAACAUCUGAACAAUGUUGUGUUUUUCGUGUUCAAUCCGGCGCUAGUGGUGAGCAACCUUGGAGGAUUUAUUACAUACAAAAGUGUGGCCAUUUUGUGGUUUAUGCCGCUCAAUAUUCUCUUGACAUUCAUCAUCGGCUCCGUGCUCGGGUGGAUGCUUAUAAAAUACACGAGAACCCCUCACAGCCUCAGAGGCCUCGUCUUGGGAUGCUGUGCUGCAGGGAAUCUCGGGAACAUGCCUCUCAUUAUAAUUCCUGCGAUUUGCAAAGAAAGAGGCAGUCCAUUUGGUGCUGCCGAUACAUGUUAUUUGCACGGAAUGGCUUAUGCAUCUCUGUCGCUGGCGAUUGGAGCCAUCUACAAUUGGUCGUAUGUGUAUAACUUGGUUCGUCUUUACUCGAGGAGCAGCUCUACCGGAGCUGAAGAAAAUGACUCCAGAAGUAUUUUGCUUUCUAUCGAUGAGGAUGACAAUCAAUUCGCAGGUGAGAAGACCGAACUCCUUCCUCUGCAGGAAAGCUCUCCCAAGGAAGACCAUGUCGAUCAACUCAAAGAACGUGUAUCAUUUGUGGAAAAGCCUAAGGUGAGUAUAUUGGACAGGGUAAACCGAUGCUUGCGAGUUACUUUGCGGAAAAUAAACCCAAGGAAACUAUUUGCUCCUUCAACCAUUGGGGCGAUAGCAGGUUUUGCAAUUGCUAUCAUACCUCAGCUUCGAAAGGCCCUCAUCGGAGACAGUGCUCCUCUCCGAGUCCUUCAAAACUCAGCGUCUAUGCUGGGGGAUGCAGCCAUUCCGACAGUGACAAUAGUCAUGGGAGCAAACCUUCUGAAAGGUUUAAAAGGCUCAGUCAUACAACUUCCCGUGGUCAUGGGAAUUGUUGCAGUUCGAUAUGUUGCCUUGCCCAUGUUCGGUAUACUGAUUGUUCGAGGUGGAGUCUUUCUCGGGCUCGUGAAGUUGGAUCCUCUAUAUCAAUUUGUACUUCUACUUCAGUUUGCGCUCCCUCCCGCAAUGAACAUAGCUACAAUGACCCAGAUGUUCGAAGUAGGGGAGAGGGAGUGCUCCGUGAUAAUGCUAUGGACAUACGCAUUGGCAUCGGUUGCGCUGACCUUUUGGUCUGCAUUCUUUAUGUGGCUUGUGGCGUAACAUCCUAAUAUCUUUUGCAUAUCUAAUCAGGAAGGGACGUAUGAGGCCGGGUAACCAGGAUGGAUUCGCACCCACAUGAUAGACCAGGUGCUCAUCCUGGUCCUGCCCGGGUUCAGGCUUCAGUUCUCUCUAUGAUUUAGGAUGUGUGCAAGCUCUGGUUUUGCCCCUCUUAGCUAAUGCGACUUUUCCGCAUUUUUCGGGGUUGACAACACAUUUACGGGUCACGAGCUGCCCCGUCACAUGUUCCAAAAAUCACAGCUACUACUGCGCCCCAUAUCUUGGUAUCAUAGGAUCAUCCUUCGAUUUGCCGCGAUGGAUGGGAAGUGAUAGUUUUACCACGAUCGGUGUAACUUUCUUCUCUUGAAGUGCUUAUCGUACUUAAACAGAGAAUUUUGGUACAUGUGAAAUGCAAUUAAUCAUCAUACUGAAAAUUUGAUCUAUGACCUUUUGCAGAUUUACAAAUUUGUUCUUAAAUUAUGGCAUAUUGCUACAUGGUGCAUGCAUCCUAGGUUGCCCAGGUCACGCGGCCAAUUCAUACGUACAAGCAAUUUGGUCCGGUAUUGAGACUUACUGCUACUUGGUCCUGUAUUGAGAAUAACUUGAUCAUGU